UUCUCUCUUCACUCGUGUCCCCUGACGACCCGGAGAAGAAAAGGGAAUACCAUCUGUUUGUCUGCAUCUUUCUGCGUUGACAACAAGAGACAUCUUCAGAGGACCGAGGCAGAACCUCGGAGGAUGUGGAAUUAGGAGGAACAAGCCGCUACGAUACGAAUCAAACGGAAACUAUUUCUAACAAGUCCACCAGCGUGGAGUCACCUGACCUGUACCUUCAGCUUACAGAGCAGGGUCAUGUCCCAGGUGCCAUGCGCAUCGCCACGCUGACCUGCCGCCCUGGCCCCUCCCCCUUCCUCUUCUCAUUGGCCCAUCUACUGCUGCGGCUCCUCCUCGCCGGGCCGGAGUUAGUGGGAGCCGCCUCCUCCUCCUGCCCGUCGCUCUGCACGUGCUCCAACCAGGCCAGCCGAGUCAUCUGCACCAGGCAGAACCUGGAGGAGGUUCCCGAGAGCAUAUCAGUCAAUACGCGAUACCUCAACCUGCAGGAGAACUCCAUACAGGUCAUCAAGUCUGACACCUUCAAGUACUUGAGGCACCUUGAAAUCCUUCAGCUCUCCAAGAAUCAAAUACGGCAGAUUGAGGUUGGAGCAUUUAAUGGCCUCCCUAACCUCAACACGCUGGAACUGUUUGACAACCGCCUCACACUGGUGCCAUCGCAUGCCUUUGAGUACCUCAGCAAGCUGCGAGAGCUUUGGCUGCGCAACAACCCCAUUGAGACUCUGCCGGGCUAUGCCUUCCACCGCGUGCCCUCGCUACGUCGCUUGGACCUGGGUGAGCUCAAGAAGUUGGAUUUCAUCUCCGAUGCAGCCUUCAUGGGCCUCAUUAAUCUACGGUACCUAAACCUUGGCAUGUGUGGGCUGAAAGACAUUCCAAAAUUAACACCUCUUGUGCGUUUGGAAGAGCUGGAGUUGUCAGGAAAUCGUCUGGAGAUCAUUCGUCCUGGUUCUUUCCAGGGAUUGGUGUCUCUUCGGAAGUUGUGGCUAAUGCACUCGCAGGUGUCAGUCAUUGAGCGGAAUGCCUUUGAUGAUCUAAAAAGCCUGGAGGAGCUCAAUUUGUCUCAUAAUUCUCUGCACUCCUUGCCCCAUGAUCUGUUCACACCCCUUCACCAGCUGGAGAGGGUGCACCUCAACCACAAUCCCUGGGUCUGCAACUGUGAUGUGCUUUGGCUCAGCUGGUGGUUGAAGGAGACGGUUCCCAGCAACACCACCUGCUGCGCUCGCUGCCACGCUCCUCCAGUCCUAAAGGGCAAGUACAUCGGAGAACUUGACCAGAGCCACUUCACCUGCUUUGCACCUGUCAUAGUAGAGCCACCCACUGACCUGAAUGUCACCGAAGGCAUGGCCGCCGAGCUCAAAUGUCGCACAAGCACGUCAACAACGUCUGUCAACUGGAUCACCCCUAACGGCACCCUCAUGACCCAUGGGUCUUACCGUGUUCGGAUAUCCGUCCUGCACGAUGGCACGCUCAACUUCACAAAUGUCACCCUGCGAGACACGGGUCAGUACACUUGCAUGGUUACCAAUGCUGCUGGAAAUACUACCGCCACUGCUGUCCUCAACGUUACUGCUGCUGAUACCAGUGUCAACUACACCUACUUUACAACAGUUACCGUGGAGUCAUUGGAGCCUGGAGGAGGUAAAGGUUUUGCAUCGGUUGCCUAUAACGAAACCUUCAUCCCCAUUCAGCCUGGCUCCACCCCUUCUAACCAGUGGCCAUACGGGGUUCCUACCACAGACUCUUCCCUGCCUCCUGGCUGGUCCUCCUCCUCUCCUCAUGCAACUCGACCCACUUUCACUGUGCCGAUCACUGAGCCAGGCUCCUCGGGCUUGGACGAUGUGAUGAAGACCACCAAGAUCAUCAUUGGCUGCUUUGUAGCCAUUACAUUCAUGGCAGCGGUGAUGCUGGUGGUGUUCUACAAGCUGAGGAAGCAGCACCAGCUGCACAAACACCAUGGUCCAGCUCGCGCCAUCGAGAUUAUAAAUGUGGAGGACGAGCUUGCUGCUGGGGCCGGUGGUCGGGGCAGUGGGAUCUCCGGAGGCUCCACUGUAACACAAAGUGGAGGCAGUGGAAUAGGUGGGGGCCAGAGUCUCCGGCUGCACCAUCCUGAGAUAGUCAACUUACCCAACCUGGCUCGAACGGAACACCUGAACCACUACUACAAAACUCAUCACUUCAACAACAUGAUGGGCCUGGGCAUGAGCACGGGUGUUGGCCUCAACAACAACAACAACCCAUCGCCGUGUUCUCAAACACAGAACCUAUCCUGCUCCCAGGUUUCAACAACCACCUGUGGAGGGAUGCCCUCAUGUGGUACCCUGCCCUCUCCUGUACCCCUGCCCCAGUUGGGCCUGCACAGUUCCCUAAAAGGCCUAAUGGGAAAGGGCCAGAAUGAGCCACUACUUUUUAAGAAUGGCUCCAAGGAAAACGUGCAAGAGACUCAAAUCUAGAUCCAAACUGAUGGUGGAGGUAUGAGGUAAGAAGAAAAAGAUUUUCAUAGAGAACAAGAAUAUCUGUCAAGCUAAGACUGAUUGUAGCUCACCCUCAUUUUGGAUAAAUUUCAGAAAAGUUGAUGCUUCACUCCGGUUUUGUGGCUGACAGAUAGGAAGACAAUGGAGACAGUACGCUAGUCCCACCGACGGCAUCUGCACCUAGCCUCUGUUCAAACCACAAACAUCAAACUCCCUCAUUGUGCGCAACCUGCCAAAGCUCAAGAAACAGCCGACCUUUUUCACUCAGCGGACACGUACGAGCCGUGCACAUGUGCAAUGAGCCUCAUGAGGUUGUAGACAGAUCGCUUCAUAU